AUGGCGAACGAAGAUACAAUAUGCCUGCGAUGCAGGCUGAGGCUGCUGGCUUCUGCGAGUCGCUCCGCUGCACAUCCUCUUUUCCCUAGGGCCCAUACGCAAACCCGUUCUUUACGCUCCUUUGCAGCUGUGGCAAAUACUUCUCAAUGCAGACGGUUUACUACUGCACCCAGUCGGUCAAUUGAGGCGCCCGAAGCCUCUAAGACUACAUCCGACGAAACCCUACCUCCGCAAGCACCGACUCCAAGCACAGAAGAAUCAGUACGGGCCGCGAGGCGAUUACAUGGGGACACUUUGCCCAAAGGAUACCUAAGCGAAGAGGAAUAUGCUGUAUAUGAGAGGCUUUACGGGCCCCCCAUAUUCACCGAAGAAGCGGAUCUAGUUGAGGAUGAGGUUGAAUUGGCGGCCGAUGAGGUUGAGGGAGAAGAGAUGCAAGACCAGGUCUGGCUUAGAGAAGGGGAGGAUGGCGAGCUAGAAGAGGUGGAACUGUAUAAACAGAGCGACGAGCUUGCUGACGAAGCUCUGGAAGAAGACUAUGAGUCCAUAGAAGGCGAAUUCGUGGAGGCUGAAACCGAUUUUGGAGAUUCCGCGCCGGAGCUCAUAAAAGAUUAUCAUCAGGACAUAUACGAGAAGACUAGGCUAGCUGAAGCCGAAGCCGAUCAAGAUGCUGAGGAUUUGGAGGAGGGAGAAGAAUUCAUGCGCGCACAUCCUUUGACGGUCGCCGGCCGAUUUGCGACGUCGCCUUCCACCCUCCAUCUCCCGAAGGAAAAGUUCGUCGAUCCUACAGCGGCAAUUCUGUCCCAAGCGUCACAUAAGCAUAUCACUCAAGCAGCACUGAAAAUAUUCGGUGGCCCAGGACUUCCCCAAUCUGCCUCUACAGCUCGUGCGAGCGAGGGCAAGGAGCAGAAAACUAUUCCACUGGACCCAUCACAGGAAGAGAUGAGCAGCAUUCAAAGUAAUACAUACAUGGCUGCAGUGAUGCCGGGUGUAUACGCGACUUCAAUGAGCACAAUUGUGGAGGUUCGCCGAAGACUUGGAACGGCUUGGAUUGAAGGUCUGAUGAAGGAGUCAGGGCCUCUCAUCCUAGAUGCGGGAUCAGGAGGCGCAGCCAUCGUAGCCUGGCGAGAGGUGCUGGAAGCGGAAUGGAAACGGAUGAACGAAUCUUCUGGUCAAGUCUCACAGGAACCGGCCCCAUUAGGCAAAGCCACCGUUCUCACAGCGUCUAAUGCAUUGAAGCUUCGCGCAAGUAGGCUAUUGGAAAAUACAUCUUUCAUCCCCCGUCUACCUGACGCCAUCCCCCACAACCAUCAGGCCGUCAAGGGGCAACAGAGGAAGGUCUACGACAUCAUUAUCGCGCCCCAUGCGCUUUGGCCGCUACGGCAGGAGUACCAUCGGAAAGAGCAUGUUCAGAGGCUCUGGUCCCUACUAAAUCCCGAUGGCGGUGUGCUCAUUCUUCUCGAGAAAGGUCUUCCCCGUGGUUUUGAGAUUAUCGCUUCGGCUCGAUCGCUCCUUUUGGAUAAACACAUUGCUUCCCCUGAUUCAACUGAGUAUGAGAACUCACUCCAAGAUCAGUUGUCCGAAACAAAGAAUGUUCCAAGAUUCACCAAGAAAGAAACAGGCAUGAUUGUUGCACCUUGUACCAACCAUUCCACCUGCCCAAUGUACACAAUACCAGGUGUGAGUCAAGGCAGGAAAGACUUCUGCUACUUCAGUCAAAGAUACAUUAGGCCUCCUUAUCUACAAAGAAUCCACAACGCUCGCGAUCGGAAUCACGAGGAUGUCCAAUACAGCUACCUCGCCGUUCAACGUGGGCGGGACCAACGGAAGCCAAAGCACGACAUCUUCGGCAAGGGAUUCUCACAGGGCGAUGAAGCAACAGAAGCGGCUUUCAAAGGACAUGAGUUUGUCAAAGACGGCGAGUCUAGCGACAAGGAAGUCGCAGACGAGCCGGAAAUCGAGACGAACGUGAACGCCCUUUCGCUCCCUCGCUUAGUCGUGCCAGCUAUGAAGCGCCGCGGCCAUAUCAUCCUUGAGGUCUGCACUCCAUCGGCGAAGAUCGAACGAUGGACCGUGCCCCGCAGCUUCUCCAAGCAAGCCUUCCGGGACGCGCGCAAGGCUCGAUGGGGCGAUCUUUGGGCUCUGGGCGCCAAGACACGAAUCGCGAAAACUAUCAGGAUGGGCUUACCCAGGAACGAACAACACAAGAGACCGAAGAGAAAGAUGAGGAGUCAGACGAUCGAGAUAGGUGUCAAUCCAUCCGGCAACGUGAUCCCAGAUGGUAUGAAGCUGAAGAAGGAUGGCAGGUUGGUGAAGGAUCGGAAGAAUUCGAAGACGGGGAGGAAGGGGAGGAAGAUGAGUGAGGCGGAUUUCUAUGAGGAUUAA